AUGCGUCUCACUCUAACCGCCGCCGCGGGCCUGGCUGCCCUUGGCCUGCCUCUUUCCUACGCUCAGACCUACUCCGACUGUAAUCCUACCAACGCCUCUCAGUUCCCGUGUCCCGCCAAUGCCGGCUUGAACUCGGCCACCUACGAAGUCGACUUCACCCAGGGUGCCUCGGCCAACAAGACCUGGAGCUACAUUGCCCCCUCGGUUAACUAUGGCCCCAACGGCGCCGAGUUCACCGUCUCCAAGCGCGGCGAGGCCCCGACCAUCAAGACGGACUUUUACAUCUUCUAUGGCAAGGUCGAAGUGACGAUGAAGGCCGCGCCCGGCCAGGGCAUCAUCAGCAGUAUCGUCAUGCAGUCCGAGGACCUCGACGAGGUCGACUGGGAAUUCCUCGGCGGCAACAACGCCAUUGUCCAGAGCAACUACUUUGGCAAGGGUGACACGACGACGUACGACCGCAUGAUUGAGCACAACAUCGCUACGCCGCAAGACACGGUUCACACGUACACGGUCGACUGGACCAAGGAAAAGAUCACGUGGUCGAUUGACAGCAAUGUCGUGCGCACGCUUAACUACGCCGACGCGCAGGGCGGCUCGCGCUUCCCCCAGGCUCCCAUGAACAUUCGCCUCGGCAUCUGGGCCGGUGGUGACAAGGACAACGGCUACUGGACCCGCCAGUGGGCCGGCGGCGACACCACCUACAGCGCCGAGGCCGGCAUGCCCUGGACCAUGUACGUGCAGAAGGUCAAGAUCACCAACUACAACCCUGGCGGUUCCUACAACUACACCGACACGUCGGGCUCGAGCGACAGCAUCAAGAUCAUCGACACUGCCCCGCCCGCUAGCUCCACGACCGAAGCUCUCAUUCCCACGACCUCU